AUGGUAGCUAGUAAACAGAAAGCACAACCGCAGAGCUCCCUUUGGGAGGCCAGAAAAUGGCAAUGGCUGGAACAAGCCAAUUCUGAAAUUGACAAAAUUGGAGAGAAAGAUCCAAUGGAGUACCCGGUCAUAGAUCCACAGACAGAGCAACCUGUAGGCAGUAGGAAGAUUGAAAUAAUUGUCAUAGAGCCAAGAGGCUCCCAAGUGGGCAUGCCACCAGCUCCUAAUCCACCUCAUGACUCUGAUGAUUCCUCAGAGGAUGAAUCAGACCAAGAGGAACAAGCCACUGGAUGGAAAACAUACUACUGCCCCCCAACAAUCCAUGAAGCAGAGGCUGCACUCCAGAAAAUUGAUCAAGCUGUUUGGACUCCAUGGCCAUCAGGUGGCUAUUUGUAUGCAAGGUUGGAUUGGGUCACCAAUGAGCAUUAUUCUGCAAUCAAGGCUUGCUUGAAUCAAUUCCUCAUGGCCAGCCCCAAGGGGAAGAGAUUCAUUGAGGCGUCAAAAGAUGCAGCACAAGUUCAAGGGUGGAAAGAAACUUACACUCAAACCAUCCGCAAAUGGACCCAACAUUCCAUACAAACAGGUUGUCUACCCAGCAAUCAUCAAGGAUGGUGGAAUGUGUCAAUACUUGAGGAUGAAGAUAUUUCAGGCAAAAUAAAGCUGCACUUACAGCAAAUUGGAAAACUUGCCUGUGCACAAGAUGUUGUCAAGUUUUUACAGGAUCCUGAAGUCCGUGAUUGGCUUGGUAUCACCAAAAAGAUCAAGCUGGGGUGGUUGCGUGGACAAAACAGUGAAUCGGCAAGGGUUGCAAUGUAUCUGGGAGCCAACAAGGAUGGUUAUUUUACAAACAAGCGUGUGGUCUUGCAGCUACAAGACGCAAUCAAAAUUGUCCAAGAACACUUCCCACAAUUUACUCACGUGUUUGUGUACAACAAUGCUCCCUACCAUACAAAAUACUCCACAUCAUUGCUCUGUGCUCAGGGAAUGCCCAAAGGACCAUUGAUGGACUGGCCAUACUACAAGGAUGCAGAGAAUAAUCAAGUAUUUGUGCCAAUGGAAGAUGGCCAACUACCCAAUGGAUCUCUCCAGUCAUUCUAUGAUCCCAAAAACCCACAGUGCUUCAAGGGCAUGGCGUGGAUUUUGAAAGAGCGCAGACUAGCUCAUAUUUCCAAGAAGAACACUCAAUGCACUAAUUUCAAGUGUCCCAAGGGGAAGACCAACUGCUGCUGUUGUUGCGCCAUGGUCAACCAACCCAACUUCAAGUCAUGUGACUCAUGUCUACAAGAGACAGCUUGCAAACUUGGGACUCAAGUGAUGUUUCUGCCAAAAUACCACUGCAAGUUAACCUUAAUUGAGCAGAUAUGGGGGCAAGCUAAACAGAGUUAUUGUGACUACCCACUGUCAAGUAACCCAAAGGUGCUCAAAGAGAAUGCCCUCAUAGCCAUGGACGGUGUUGAGCUUCUUUUGAUGUGGAAGUUUGGUGCUUGA